AUGUCUACAUCGGUCAAUUGGACACGCAAAGCUGCUACUGACGAAAUCACCAUUUAUCUUGGUAUACCCAUUCUUGUUAUUGGAGUUCUUGGUAGAAUUCUCAAUAUUAUUAUUUUUAUGAGUCUUAAAACAUUUCGACAAAAUUCAUGUGCUUUCUUUUUAACCAUCAUGUCAUUUGUUAAUAUUGGUCAAUUACUAUUAAGUUUAUUUAGUCGUAUUGUGAUUAUUGGAUUCAAUGUUGAUUGGACAGACUCUUCAUUGACUUUUUGUAAGUUUAGAUAUUAUUGUCUUCAAGUAUGUGCAUUAACAUCCUAUACAUGUAUGUGUUUGGCAACUAUUGAUCAAUUCUUGGCUACUUCACUUCAUGUUUACUGGCAACAAUUUAUUAAUAUUAAAAAAGCCUAUGGUCUAUGUGUGUUCUUCUUUAUUAUUUGGCUUCUUCACGGCAUUCCAUCAUUGAUUUGGUACAAUUUGGGUUUAUCAUCCAUUAAAGGAAAACUAACUUGUACAAUAACAAAUCCUGUUUUUAAUGUGUACAUUGCAUAUGGAUAUUUACUCAUAUUAACUGGGGUAUUACCAAUCUGUAUAACAGUAUUAUUUGGAUUUUUGGCAUAUUGGAAUGUGAGACAAAUACCCUAUCGAACAGUUCCAUUGGUUCGACGUGAAUUAGAUAAACAAUUAACAUCAAUGGUUCUUGUACAAAUUGUCUUUAAUUGUUUUAUUAUUUUACCAUACAUCAUAUGUCUGUUUCUGGUUGAUAUUCUGGAUCCUAAUAGUGAAUCAAUUAAUAUUUCUGAUUUAAAUUUUGCUCAAGAUAUUAGCAUUAUACUGUAUUACUUAUAUUUUGCAAGUUCAUUUUAUAUUUAUAUUUGUGUAUCAAAACGAUUUCGUCAACAAUUAAUGUAUGUUCUUAUUGAUAUUUAUCAUUAG